UAGACAGAAAUUAAGGCCUAGGCUGCACCCUGCUGGCUCUAAAUUGAACGAGAUUUUCAUUGAGCUAUAGUUCUGCAGUUGACAGGCAGAAGCUCUGGCAAAAGGUUUUUCUAUUCUUGCAGAAAUGGUCAGAAAUAUGCUGAAUACAAAAUAAAUAGAUAUUUCAGUGGCAAUAUUCGCAAGAUUGUGAUAAAAAAUUUCAAUUAUUUCUCAACAAGCGUUUCACGAUGGGGGACAAAGAUAUCACACAUAAGAAGUCGAAAAGAAGUCACAGAAAGCAUAGCGACUCAGAUUCAGAUGGCGAAUAUGUUCCUUAUGUUCCGAUAAAGGAGCGAAAGAAACAGCAGUUGGCAAAGCUUGGUAGAUUAGGUCAGUUAAAGGACGAAGGAUCUGGAGUAUUUGGAACCAAGAGUAGCAGUGAGAACGAAAAAGAUGAUGGAGAUGAUGAUGACGGACAAGUAUGGGGCCGCAAAUUUAACAUAUCUCUGCUGGACCAGCAUACAGAACUCAAAAAACUGGCUGAAGCUAAAAAAGAGAGUGCGAUGGAACGGCAGCUCAAGGAGGAGGAAAAGAUACUGGAAAGUGUUGCGGAAAACAAGGCUUUAAUGGGAGUUGCCGAAUUAGCAAAAGGAAUCCAAUAUGAUGAUCCCAUAAAGACUAGCUGGCGGCUGCCGAGGACUAUUCUAACAUUUGACGAAGCACGGCAUGAAAGAGUCAGGAGAAAGCUAAGAAUUCUUGUAGAGGGUGAAGAUGUUCCCCCACCUCUCAAAAGUUUUAAGGAAAUGAAAUUUCACAGAGGCAUUUUAAAUGGUUUGGAAUCUAAAGGGAUCAUUAAGCCGACACCUAUUCAGGUCCAAGGGAUUCCUACAGUAUUAUCCGGCCGAGAUAUGAUUGGUAUAGCUUUUACGGGAAGCGGUAAAACUCUGGUUUUCGUUUUACCUCUGAUCAUGUUUUGCUUGGAGCAAGAAACAGCAAUGCCUUUCAUGCGCAAUGAGGGGCCGUAUGGACUAAUCAUUUGCCCAUCAAGAGAACUUGCCAAACAAACGUACGACAUUAUCCAACAUUAUACCAACGCUUUACGCCAUUCUAAUUGUCCAGAAAUUCGUAGCUGCCUUGCUAUUGGUGGCGUUCCUGUCUCUGAAUCACUCGAAGUCAUAAACAGAGGUGUUCACAUAAUGGUAGCCACACCAGGAAGGCUAAUGGAUAUGCUGGACAAAAAAAUGGUGAAGCUAAGUGUUUGUAGAUACCUUUGUAUGGACGAAGCAGAUCGAAUGAUAGACAUGGGUUUCGAGGAAGACGUCCGAACGAUAUUUUCUUUCUUCAGGGGUCAAAGACAGACGCUACUAUUUUCUGCUACGAUGCCGAAAAAAAUCCAAAAUUUUGCUCGCUCAGCUCUGGUAAAGCCGGUAACGAUAAAUGUGGGUAGAGCUGGAGCAGCAUCUAUGAAUGUCAUUCAAGAAGUAGAGUACGUCAAACAGGAAGCAAAGAUUGUUUAUCUCCUCGAAUGUCUUCAGAAAACCACGCCGCCCGUUUUAAUAUUUGCCGAAAAGAAACAGGAUGUCGAUGCCAUUCAUGAAUAUCUUUUAUUGAAAGGUGUUGAGGCUGUUGCUAUUCACGGAGGAAAAGAUCAAGAGGAACGAUCUAGAUCAGUAGAAGCGUUCCGAGCAGGUCAGAAGGACGUUUUGGUUGCGACUGAUGUAGCGUCUAAGGGUCUUGACUUUGCCGAUGUCCAGCAUGUAAUAAAUUACGACAUGCCAGAUGACGUUGAAAACUACGUCCAUCGUAUCGGAAGAACCGGUCGAUCGGGGCGUACAGGUAUAGCGACAACUUUUAUAAACAAGGCAAACGACGAAUCUGUUUUGCUGGAUUUGAAACACUUAUUGAUGGAAGCAAAACAGAAGGUACCGCCAUUCUUGUUAGAGCUUUGCUCAGAGAACGAAAAAUACUUGGAACUUGGAGACGAACGUGGUUGCAGUUACUGCGGUGGAUUGGGUCAUAGAAUCACAGAAUGUCCCAAACUCGAAGCCAUACAGAAUAAACAGGCCUCUAAUAUCGGUCGUCGUGAUUAUCUCGCCAGCAAUGCUGCGGACUAUUGAUUCGUGUUGGUAAUGAUAAAAUUUGUACAUGUAAUUGAAUAAAGCUUGUGUAAAUAAAAGAAUUUUUGAUACGCAAAA